UGGCAGAUGGAAAAACAGAUGUAAACAACGCCGGCAGCAGUCUUCUUCUUCGCUGAGGUUUUUGCGUGAAAAAUGUUUUAAUAAAUAGUUGAAUUGUUAACUUUAAUUUGUUUUCCAUAUCCCGCCGAAAUGUUUUCACUGUGCAAACAAACACACGCGGCCACAUCGAUUGAGUUCGCGAUUUCGUGCCGAUUUUUCAACAAUGUCGAGGAGAAUUUGGUGGUCGCCGGUGCCAAUGUGCUCAAGGUGUACCGCAUUGCGCCCAACGUGGAUGCAGUGCAACGUCAAAAGCUUAAUCCCAGCGAAAUGCGUCUGGCACCCAAAAUGCGACUUGAGUGUCUCGCCAGCUACACGCUGUACGGCAAUGUGAUGUCGCUGCAAAGUGUUUCGUUGGCGGGCGCCAUGAGGGAUGCGCUACUGAUCAGUUUUAAGGAUGCAAAGCUAUCGGUGUUGCAGCUCGACGCAGAUACACAAACAUUAAAGACCUUAUCCCUGCAUUACUUUGAGGAGGAUGACAUACGUGGCGGCUGGACGGGACGCUAUCAUGUGCCCGUGGUUCGUGUCGAUCCCGAUGCACGUUGCGCUGUAAUGCUCGUCUACGGCAAGCGACUGGUGGUGCUUCCCUUUCGAAAGGAUAACAGCCUCGACGAAAUUGAGCUGGCCGAUGUAAAGCCUAUCAAGAAGGCGCCCACAGCGCUCGUCACACGCACUCCGAUUAUGGCCUCUUAUCUUAUUGCGUUGGCCGAUCUCGAUGAGAAACUGGAUAACGUGCUGGACAUACAGUUUUUGCAUGGCUACUACGAGCCAACGCUGCUCAUACUCUACGAGCCCGUACGCACCUGUGCCGGUCGCAUUAAGGUGCGCUCCGACACUUGUGUGCUCGUGGCCAUUUCGCUGAACAUUCAGCAGCGAGUUCAUCCCAUCAUCUGGACAGUAAACAGUCUGCCCUACGAUUGCCUUCAGGUCUUUCCUAUACAGAAGCCCAUUGGCGGCUGCCUGGUGAUGACGGUCAAUGCGGUCAUCUAUCUGAAUCAGAGCGUGCCGCCGUAUGGCGUAAGUCUCAAUAGUUCGGCGGAUAAUAGCACCAGUUUCCCUCUGAAGCCACAGGACGGCGUACGCAUCAGCUUGGACUGCGCUAAUUUCGCGUUCAUUGAUGUGGACAAGUUGGUCAUCUCGCUGCGCACCGGUGAUCUUUAUGUGCUCACGCUCUGCGUCGACUCAAUGCGAACUGUGCGCAAUUUUCACUUUCACAAGGCGGCUGCCAGUGUGUUGACCAGUUGCAUCUGUGUCUGUCACACUGAGUAUAUAUUCCUUGGCUCACGGCUGGGCAAUUCGCUGCUGUUGCAUUUUACGGAAGAGGAUCAGAGUACUGUCAUCACACUGGACGAUCAUGUGGAAGCUGCUGCUGCAGUAGAGCAGCAACUUAACAACAAUGAGCUAACGCCGCCGCAACAGUUGGACGAGGACCUGCCAGUCUACGAUGUGGAACAACUCGAUUUGCCACCACAAUCCAAAUCACGUCGCAUCGAAGACGAAGAACUUGAGGUGUAUGGCUCGGGGGCCAAAGCGUCCGUGCUGCAGUUGCGGAAGUUUAUCUUCGAGGUCUGCGACAGUCUCGUCAAUGUGGCGCCCAUCAAUUAUAUGUGCGCUGGCGAACGUGUAGAGUUCGAGGAAGAUGGCACCACUUUGCGUCCACAUGCCGAGUCACUCAACGAGUUGAAGAUUGAACUGGUUGCCGCCACGGGGCAUAGCAAGAAUGGAGCACUAUCCGUGUUUGUGAAUUGCAUUAAUCCGCAGAUCAUAACCAGCUUUGAACUGGAUGGCUGCCUCGAUGUGUGGACGGUGUUCGAUGAUGCCACACGAAAAUCGACAACUGCCCGCCAAGAGCAACAUGAUUUCAUGCUGCUGUCACAGCGUUCGUCGACGUUGGUGUUGCAGACGGGCCAGGAGAUCAAUGAGAUUGAGAACACGGGCUUCACCGUCAACCAGCCCACCAUCUAUGUGGGUAACCUUGGCCAGCAGCGCUUCAUAGUGCAGGUCACCACUAGGCAUGUGCGUUUGCUGCAGGGCACACGCCUCAUUCAGAAUGUGCCCAUCGAUGUGGGUUCGCCAGUGGUGCAGGUCUCCAUAGCUGAUCCCUAUGUCUGCCUGCGUGUCCUCAAUGGUCAGGUGAUAACGCUGGCCCUGCGUGAGACUCGCGGCACUCCGCGUUUGGCAAUCAACAAGCACACGAUCAGCAGCUCACCGGCUGUGGUGGCGAUAGCUGCGUACAAGGAUGUGUCCGGGCUGUUUACGUGCAAAGCAGACGAUGUGCUCAAUCUGACGGGCAGCUCGGGCAGUGGAUUUGCCAAUAGUUUUGGUGGCUACAUGAAGGCCGAACCGCAUAUGAAAGUGGAGGACGAAGAGGAUCUGCUGUAUGGCGAUGCGGGCAAUGCCUUCAAGCUCAACAGCAUGGCCGAUCUGGCCAAGCAAUCGAAGCAGAAGAACACGGACUGGUGGCGUCGUCAACUGGUGCAAGCCAAACCCAGUUAUUGGUUGGUGGUGGCACGUCAAAGUGGCACACUAGAAAUCUACUCCAUGCCGGAUAUGAAGCUCGUCUAUCUGGUUAACGAUGUGGGUAAUGGCGCCCUGGUUUUGACUGAUGCCAUGGAGUUUGUGCCCAUCUCACUGACGCAGGAGAACUCUAAGGCGGGCAUUCUACACGCCUGUAUGCCGCAACAUGCAAAUUCACCGCUGCCACUGGAACUGAGCCUUGUUGGUUUGGGGCAGCAUGGUGAGCGACCAUUGUUGAUGGUACGCACGCGUCUGGAGCUGCUCAUCUAUCAGGUGUUUCGCUAUGCCAAGGGGCAUCUGAAGAUACGCUUUCGCAAGCUGGAGCAAAUGCAUCUGCUGGAUCAGCAACCAAGUCACAUUGAGCUCGACGGCGAUGGCGACAAUGACGAUGAGGAGGCCGAGUCCUACAACAUGCAACCGAAAUACGUGCAGAAAUUGCGCUACUUUACCAACGUGGGCGGUCUCUCGGGGAUUAUGGUGUGUGGCGUGAAUCCCUGCUUUGUGUUCCUCACGUCACGCGGUGAGUUGCGCAUUCAUCGCUUGCUGGGCAAUGGCGACGUGCGCAGCUUUGCGGCCUUCAACAAUGUGAAUAUACCCCAUGGCUUCCUCUAUUUCGACACCACCUACGAGCUGAAGAUAUCGGUGCUGCCCAGCUAUUUGAGUUACGAUGCGGCGUGGCCGGUGCGAAAGGUGCCGCUUCGUUGCACGCCCCGACAGCUUGUCUAUCAUCGAGAGAAUCGCGUGUAUUGCUUGAUCACACAGAAGGAGGAACCAAUGACGAAAUACUAUCGCUUCAAUGGCGAGGACAAGGAAUUGUCGGAAGAGAGUCGUGGCGAACGUUUUAUCUAUCCCAUUGGAUCGCAGUUCGAAAUGGUCUUGAUUUCGCCAGAGACCUGGGAGAUUGUGCCCGAUGCAUCGAUUCAAUUUGAGCCCUGGGAGCAUGUGACGGCCUUCAAAAUAGUCAAACUCUCAUACGAGGGCACACGGUCGGGUCUUAAGGAGUAUCUCUGCAUUGGCACCAACUUCAACUACAGCGAGGACAUUACCAGUCGAGGCAACAUUCAUAUUUACGACAUUAUUGAAGUGGUGCCGGAACCUGGCAAACCAAUGACUAAAUUCAAGCUGAAGGAAGUCUUCAAAAAGGAGCAGAAGGGACCCGUUUCCGCCAUUUCUGAUGUGGUUGGAUUUCUGGUCACUGGUCUGGGUCAGAAGAUCUACAUUUGGCAACUGCGAGAUGGCGAUCUCAUUGGCGUGGCCUUCAUUGAUACCAAUAUCUAUGUGCAUCAGAUCAUCACAGUAAAGUCGUUAAUCUUCAUUGCGGACGUCUACAAAUCGAUCAGUUUGCUGCGCUUCCAGGAGGAGUAUCGCACCCUUUCGCUCGCCUCGCGUGAUUUCAAUCCAAUGGAAGUCUUUGGCAUUGAGUUUAUGGUAGACAAUUCGAAUUUGGGCUUUCUUGUCACCGACGCCGAGCGUAAUCUCAUCGUCUACAUGUACCAACCGGAGGCACGCGAGUCCCUCGGUGGCCAGAAGCUGCUGCGAAAGGCAGACUAUCAUUUGGGCCAGGUGGUCAACACUAUGUUUCGCGUGCAAUGCCAUCAACGUGGUCUGCACCAGCGCCAGCCAUUCCUCUAUGAGAACAAACAUUUCGUUGUCUAUGGCACUUUGGAUGGCGCACUCGGUUACUGUGUGCCCCUUCCGGAGAAGGUCUACAGACGAUUCCUCAUGUUGCAGAAUGUGCUCUUGUCGUAUCAGGAUCAUUUGUGUGGCCUGAAUCCAAAGGAAUAUCGCACCAUCAAGUCUGUGAAGAAGAUGAGCAUUAACCCAUCGCGCUGCAUCAUCGAUGGUGAUUUAAUUUGGUCGUAUCGUCUGCUCGCUCACUCCGAGCGCAGCGAAGUGGCGAAAAAGAUUGGCACACGCACCGAGGAGAUACUUGCCGAUCUACUGGAGAUCGAACGUCUAUCGGCUGUCUUCUAGAGCCCUCUGUAAAGUUAUUAUCGUUAAUUGUAGCUGCAUAAGUCUAUUCCUAGCUAAGUUACGCCAAGUUGCAUCUACUCCUUAGUCCGACUUAAAUUAGUAGUAGUAGCAACAAAGUAAUUUGUUAAAUAAACCGAUUUGUAGACUGUCAAAUUGUCAACAACUAUGACU